AUGGCGCUCGGAAAAGCGCGCCCGGAGAGGACGUCCUUGCUGCUGGCGCUGCUGUCGCAGGCCAUUGCCGCGCCGGCGGGGUUUCGGGAAGCCUCGCUGGGCGCCUUCCUGCAGCAGAGCUACGGCGCGGCCUUCGGGGUGCUCCUCGGCGUAGGAGAGGGCGCCAGAGCGCGUCAGCUCCUGGCAGCCUGGCCGCAGGGGGUGCUGUUUCUGGUCGACCCCUACAUCCACCUAAGGCGAGGCUACGAGCGGCCCGCGAACUGGGAUGACAGCGCCCACCAAAGGGCCUACGACGAUUUGCGCAACCGUUUGCACGACGACCACAGCGUGCAGGGGCGCUACUCUUUCGUGCGGGAGUUCUCCUUCUCGGUACCGCAGAUCUGGGCAGACAAAAAGUGGGGUCCCAGCCCCAUGAUGGUCUUCCAUGACGCCAACCCCUCCUACGGUGCAGUGCGCACGGACUUGGCGUCCUGGUGGCCGCUACUGGCGGAGGGCGGCGCUUUCUGCGGCGCCAACUACACCGCGGAGGGCGACGGAUCGGUGGUGGGGGUGAAGCGAGCCGUGGACGAGUUCGCGGAAAGUAUGGGCCUGGAAGUCUUCGUCACCGACGACCCGACAGAGCCUGCCUGGAUCUUGCAGAAGCCCGGCUGA